AUUAGAGAGAGGAUAGAGGGACAUUAGAGAGAGGAGAGAGGGACAUGGAGAGAGGGACAUUAGAGAGAGAGAGAGAGAACAAGAAAAUGAGGUGAUGGGAAAGAAAUGAACCCAGAAGGACUGCGACCACAUGCCCUGAGGGUGAUGACGAGGACCAUCAGGAUCUGGUCCUAGAUCAGAGCGCACCGCUGAAGAAUAGUAAUGUGUUGGUUGCAUAAGGGCUGUACUGAGAUCAGUUCUGACAGAGAAACCUGGUCAAAUGGGAGCAACCUGGUCAAACAGGAGCUGGAGGACACCAUGAACCUGACCUAGAAUCAGUGAUGGUCAUCACCGUCUGGUCACCACAUAUGUACUUAUGUACUAUGGCACUUUACCACCACAAAUGAGAUUCUAGACACUAAACUUAACCUUAAAUAUUUCCUAAUCUAACCUAAUCUUAACCCCUAACCCUAACCUUAAAUAUUUCCUAAUCUAACCUAAUCUUACCCCCUAACCCUAACCUUAAAUCUUUCCUAAUCUAACUCAAUCUUACCCCCUAAUCCUAACCUCAACCCUUCCUAAUCUAAUCUAAUCUCACCCCCUAAUCCUAACCUUAACCCUUCCUAAUCUAACCUAAUCUUACCUCCUAACCCUAAUCUUAAUGCUUUCCUAAUCUAACCUAAUCUAUAAAACGUGCUAGUGCUAGUAAGAUACGACGUGCUAGUAAGAUAAGAUGUGCUAGUGAGAUAAGACGUGUUAGUAAAAUAAGAUGUGCUAGUGAGAUAAGACGUGCUAGUGAGAUAAGACGUGUUAGUGAGAUAAGACGUGCUAGUGAGAUAAGACGUGCUAGUGAGAUAAGACGUGCUAGUGAGAUAAGACGUGCUAGCGAGAUAAGACGUGCUAGCGAGAUAAGACGUGCUAGCGAGAUAAGACGUGCUAGCGGGAUAAGACGUGCUAGCGGGAUAAGACGUGCUAGCGAGAUAAGACGUGCUAGCGAGAUAAGACGUGCUAGCGAGAUAAGACGUGCUAGCGAGAUAAGACGUGCUAGCGAGAUAAGACAUGUUAGCGAGAUAAGACGUGCUAGUGAGAUAAGAUGUGCUAGCGAGAUAAGACGUGCUAGCGAGAUAAGACGUGCUAGCGAGAUAAGACGUGCUAGCGAGAUAAGACGUGCUAGCGAGAUAAGACAUGUUAGCGAGAUAAGACGUGCUAGUGAGAUAAGACGUGCUAGUGAGAUAAGACGUGCUUGUGAGAUAAGACGUGCUAGUGAGAUAAGAGGUGUUAGUAAGCUAAAAUGUGCUAGUGAGAUAAGGGCAAGGGUGUUGCUGUUUGUUUCUGAAGAUAGAGCCAGUUCCCUAACCUUAGCCUAAGUAACUUUGACCUUUUAUCCCUUAUCCUUAUCCCACGUUAAGGACAAGUAGCUCAAAUAGCUUGGACUUUUCCCUAACCUUGCACAAAAAUUCUGAUGAUACAGUUCUCUACUGCUGCUGCAGUGUAAUGAGUAGCAUUAUAUAAGGGCUGUACUGAGGUCAGUGUUGACAGACAGAGCAAGCCUUGAGUGGACAAGACAGCACCAUGAAGCUGACCCUGGACCAGUUAUCAGCCCAGCUCAGCUUCACUCCUCUGCUGCAUGUAGAGAACGCCACACAGGCCAGACUCAACAACAGUUACAGCUUCUACGACUCCCUCCUCCUCCCCUCAUCCUCCUCCUCAUCCCUCCUUCCCCCUGACUCUCUCCUCCCGUCUUCCUCCCUCUACCCUCCUGAUCCUCCCCUCUUCUCCUCCUCCUCGUCCCUCUUCCCCUCUUCCCUCCUCCCUCCUGAUGAUUCAGAGCUGACCAGUUUGUUAUGGACGGUCCAUGAGCCGACCACGGUGGCUCUGACACUCAUGUACUGCCUGUCCUUCCUGGUGGGGUUCGUAGGGAACAUCAUGUCAAUGAAGGUGCUGACCAACCGACGUAGCGAGAGGCUAGCCGCGGUCAGCGCCACACGGUACCUCCUGGUUAACCUGGCGGUGUGCGACCUGGCCGUGGUGUGUGUCUGCAUGCCCAUAACGCUGGGUCACCAGAUCUACUCGGCCUGGGUCUACGGGGACUUCCUGUGCCGAGCGGUCCCCUUCACCCAGGCCGUCUCCGUGUCAGCUAGCGUGCUAACGCUAACGGUCAUCAGCGUCAACCGUUACUUCAGUGUACGCUGCCCGCUCCGCGCCCGCUCCCUCUUCACCCACCGCCGGAUCCUCGGGACGGUCGCCGUGGUGUGGGUGGUGUCAUCGGCGAUCUGCGCCCCAUUGGUGUUCAUGAACCGGCGAGAUGAGAUCAGCCUUGGGGCGUCGUUUGUGAUCCCUGUGUGCCAGGAGGUGUGGCCGGGGCCACGUCUGAAACAGGGCUACACCGUCCUGCUCUUCGUGGCGCUCUACUGCAUCCCCGUGACCUUUAACCUCACCAUCGGCUUCCUGACUGGCCGCCGGCUCUGGGGGGACGGGAAGCGGACGUUUACGGAACUCGACUCCCGAAGCCGAGCGCUGCACACUGAGCGCCUCAAGACGAGGAAGAAGAUCGCCAAAAUGGUGGUGUCCCUGGUGCUGCUGUUUGCAGUUUCCUGGCUGCCCCUGUAUCUGGCUGAGUUCUGGAUCGACCGAGUGCAGCAUCCGCCAUCUUGGCUCAUGCAGAGCCAGCCCUUUGCCCAGUGGCUGGGCCUCACCAACUCCAGCCUCAAUCCUAUCUGCUACUGUUUCAUAGGUGAUCUCCACCGUGGGGCCAAGGUGUUCCGUACCCACUACCACCGCCGGAUCGCUGCUCUCUUUGGUUCCUCUUUCGCCAACUCCGCCACGACCACUGCCGCCGAGGGAGGAGUAGCCGCGGCAACCGUGGCCGCGUCCACGGCAGCCAUUCCCAAGUUGUUUACCUUUUCCAGGGGGGCAGGGGGGCCAGACAAGAUGGAGGACGGGUCUGAUAACAGUCUGUCUGACUGGUACAAGUCCAGCCCCAGUGUGUGUGAGAAAUCCCUACUACCCAGUCAUCCUGACAGGCCACAAACACUCUCUAUACGGACCGUCUGUGGGGACAUAAUGGACACCCCCCCUUUAAAUAGAGACUGUGGGGGUAGGAAGGACACACUCCCUUUAAGAAGACACUCUGAGGACGAACGAGGGGACACCCUCCCUUUAUGGCCUUUAGCAUCUGAGGACAGAAGAGACACCUUGCAUUUAAGACCGGCCUUUGGGGACAGACUGGACACCCGGAUUGUACACCUCCCUUUAAGGCAAAUCUUCCCUUUAAGCACUGUCUCUGUGGACAGCAGAGUGGACACCUCGCCUUUAAGACCAGAUGGUGGGGGUGAGAAAACAGACAGCCUCCCUUUAAGAGGAGACACCUCUCCUUUAAGACCAGACUCUGCGGACAUUAUAUCAGACCAUAUAACAAGCCUGUGAACUCUGUGAAUCGUCAGAUGAAGUCAGAGAGAGAGAGAGAGAGGGACAGAGAGGCCUUGGAGGGAAUCACUAAUCUAUAGGGGAGAUGAUCACUGGGAGGGAUAAACACACACACAUCCUGGAUCGAUAGACUGUCUGUUGUAUCAUCAACACAGUGGGACCUGUUUCUCUCCCUGCAGACAGUUGGGAAACUACACCCAUUGGCUCACUGCCUGUGAUUGACAGCCCACGGUGAUCCUGCCCACUGGUGUUUACAAAGCAGUUUAUCCUCCGUUAGUAGGGAUAUGUGCAUCCCAAAUGGCACCCUAUUCCCUAUAUAGUGCACUACUGUAGACCAGGGCCAUAUUCCCUAUAGAGAACACUACUAUAGACCAGAGCCCUAUUCCCUAUAUAAAACCCUA